UCGCCAUUCCAGGGCGGGGACUGAAGAACCGCCCCUGCCGGGAGGCGGAACGACCGGAUCGCUGCCGGAGGCCAGUCACUCGGCCGCGAGUUGUCCGUGAUCCCCGCACGGGAGCUGCGCGUCGUUAUUCGUAUUUUUUCCCCCCGACCUCCUCGUAGUCUGCGAGUGAGUGGUGUGCGCGGCUUCCCUCGCUGGCCACCCGCCACGAAACAUCAAACUGAAUCCGACGGACAAUCGACGGCGGCCAAGACCACUGUUCGGCGUUUGGACUCCGCUCAGCUGCUUCCGACAGAGACGACACCGCCUGAAAUCGGCGACGACGGCUGGAGCUGUCACCUGCACGACUCAACACGCAGCGCGGCUACGGUGAUCCGUUCGCGCCCAGCGGGAUCCUUCGUGAGGAACAGCUCGCAGGAAGGACGUCGUCGUUUGAGAGUUCGUCGCCUCACUUCGUCCAGUGGGGGUGGACUGUUGCGGACGGCUCAGCAGCGGCGCGUUCACCCGAGCCGCGUGAGGAGCGACGGUGUCUGCGCGUCGAAGGACGUAGGGUGGCGGCGAAGACCACGAGCCCGAUGACCGUGGACCUGUCGCCGGGCCAGCAGCAGUCCAAGUGCUCGCGGCAGCAGCACGACGGCGACGCGAUGCCCGGCGGACCGGCGCCCCCGUCGUUUCUCAUCCGCGACAUCCUGAGCGAAUCGGGUGCCCAGGGGGCCGCAGCAGCGGCGGCGGCCGCUGCGGCCGCCGCUGCCGCUGCCAGCCUCGCCGCGGCGCAGGGACUCGUACACAUGCCCUUCGGACAGCACCACCCACUCCACCCCAUGGCGCACCACCACAUGCCCAGGCCACCGAGUCCCGCAGACAGCUACUCGAGGCACUCGGAUCGCGACGACGGCCACGGAAGUGAAUCUCCGGAGCGGACGCUCGAGUCUCCCCCUGGCGGCGGCGGCGGCGGUGGCGGUGGCGGAAUGUGCUCGCUGAAGAUGAAGAAGCAGCGCAAGGCGCGCACCGCCUUCACGGACCACCAGCUGCAGACCCUAGAGAAGAGCUUUGAGCGCCAGAAGUACCUCAGCGUGCAGGACCGCAUGGAGCUGGCCGCCAAGCUCAAUCUCACCGACACACAGGUCAAGACGUGGUACCAGAACAGAAGGACGAAAUGGAAGCGCCAGACGGCCGUGGGCCUCGAGUUGUUGGCCGAGGCCGGGAACUACGCAGCCGUGCAGCGAAUGCUUCAGACUGCUCCGUACUGGCUGUCCAGCUACACGGGCCUGUCACCGCAGUCCUCGCUUAGCACCAUGGCCGCGCUGGACCUCUACUACCGGCAGGCCGCUCUACAGAAGCCCAUGGCGUACCGGCUCUAUCCGGGCGUUCCGCCUCCGGGAGUUGCGCCUCCGGGAGUUCCGGCCGGAGUCGCUCCACCACCGGGCGCUCCGGGCGCACCUCCGCCGCCGCCCCACCACGCCCCUCCGCCGGGUGCCUCGAGCAACGGACUUCCCGCGUCCGUCGUGCCACCUCAAAUGCCACCGCCAUGCACGUCUUCGACGGCGAGCGCCUCGCCGUGCUCGACGGCCAGACCGUCGUCUCCCGCUGCGCCAUCUCAUCCUCCUCUGCCCACGACGUCGUCGUCCUCCUUGUCAUCGGCGUCCCUGUCGUCCUCGGCGUCCUCUUUCCGGCCCACGAGCAGGGAGUCCUGCUAGAGGAGACCAGCGUCAGUCGCCCGCUCUGGCGCAGUCCUUCUACACUGAUGCACCUCCUCCUCGUCCCACUCCUCUUGUAGAAAGCAGAGAAGAUUCCUCCAUCCUUCGACUGUUAUCUUGUUCUUUG